ACUGGGAUGACAUGCCAGCCAACACUCCAUGUCUGUCAUUCCCCAUUCAACCUCAAACCCAAGAGCAUAUUGACGUACUAAAACAAUUUGAGGAUACUUGCAAGAAUAAUGUUCUAAAGAUCGAGAGGAUCCAGAACAGAAGCCUCUGGGGCUUUCAGAUCAAGAAGAAAGACAUGGAGGUCAGGAACGGUCACCAGAACAAUGAGAGGAAGCUCUUCCAUGGAGCCUGCCACACAACUAUAGAUAAGAUUAACGGGCUUGGCUUCAAUCGGAGCUACGCUGGGAAAAAUGCUGCAUUGUAUGGAGACGGCACCUACUUUGCUGUCAAAGCAAAUUACUCUGCCAGUGACACAUACUCAAAACCGGAUCCCCAAGGCCAGAAGUACUUGUACCUAUGUCGAGUUCUGACUGGAGAUUUCACAACAGGAAAACCGGGGAUGAAAGUACCUCCACCUAAAAGCACCACAACUAUUCAGCUUUAUGACAGUGUGACAGAUGGUGUAUCUCCACCAUCCAUGUUCAUAAUCUUCCAUGACAAUCAGGCAUAUCCUGAGUACUUGAUCACUUUCAAGUAGGUGUGGGCGAUGUGGCCAAUACAUUGUAUCUAUCUUUUACAACUUUUUGAUCAUACUGAUACAUAAUAAAUUAAAUCUCAAUAUGUAAUUAGUUAUCUGUAACUCAUGUGGUUUAGCUGAAGUGUAAUAUCCAAAACCAAAAUCCCACUGGGCAAAAGCUGGUUUCCACGUCAUUUCAACCAAAAGAAUCCAUGAAGACGUCUGAAUCAACGUGGAAAACUGAUUAGAUUUGCAAAAAGAGAUCAAUGUAAGGGUAUUUUGUCUUUUUUUUCACCCUACUUUUAACCUAAAUCAAAUGACAUGGUGACAUUUGUUGUUGAUUUCACGGUUAGUUAACAACUCAACCAAAUAUAAUCAAAACUAGAAGUUUAACUAACAUCUGUGCCCAGUGGGAUCUGCUUUAUAAUUAAAAUGCAAUUUGUUUUUUACUUGUGACAUGCUCUAUAUUGGAAUAUUCAGUCAAGUCAAACUCAACAUGUUUAGAUAGUAACAAUUUGAGCCAAGAAGGUUUUGUGAUUUUUACUGAUUCCAUGUCCACUUUGUUUGAAUGUCUAAAACAUCACCAGAACAUCUAACUUCACCAAAAAUAUUGAAUCACAUUCCCAGACAGCACAGAUUAAGUAAAAUCCUG